AUGCUUGAUAAGUGGAUAGCGCAAUUAAUGGACUGUAAUCCUUUGUCUGAAAGUGAAGUAAAAGACUUAUGUACAAUGGCUAUUGCUGUGUUUCAAAAAGAGAAAACUUUAAUUUCUCUUAAAGCUCCAAUUACUAUCUGUGGUGACGUUCAUGGCCAAUUUUUUGAUUUGAUUGAACUAUUUAAGAUAGGAGGAUUUCCUCCUGAAACUCCUUAUCUCUUUAUGGGUGAUUAUGUAGAUAGGGGAUAUAAUUCUGUUGAGACUUUAAGUCUUUUACUAUGUUUAAAGGUUAAGCAUCCUGAAUCAGUAGGUAUGUUAAGGGGUAACCAUGAGAGUAGGCAGAUAACUCAAGUUUAUGGCUUUUAUGAUGAGUGCUUUCGUAAGUAUGGCUCAGCUAAUGUUUGGAAGUAUUUUACUGAUCUUUUUGAUUAUUUACCUUUGGCGGCUGUAGUUAAUGAUGACGUAUUUUGUUUACAUGGGGGGUUAAGUCCGGCUUUGAAUACGUUAGAUGAGAUUAGGGAUAUUAAUCGGGUGCAGGAAGUACCUCAUGAAGGAGGGAUGUGUGAUUUGUUAUGGAGUGAUCCUGAGGAGAGGAAAGGUUGGGGGGCAUCACCACGUGGGGCUGGUUAUACUUUUGGUGAAGAUAUUACUGAGCAGUUUACUAAACGGAAUGGUUUGAAAAUGAUAUGUCGGGCCCAUCAGUUAGUGAUGAAUGGACAUAAUUGGAAUCAUCAUAAGGGGGUAGUAACUGUAUUUUCAGCUCCUAAUUAUUGUUAUCGUUGUGGGAAUUUAGCCUCUUUACUGGAAAUGGAUGAACAUGGUGGGUACCAAUUUGCCCAAUUUGAAUCAUCACCCGAUCAAAUUCAAGAUAGAACUGUGCAAAAAGUGCCUAAUUACUUUAUGUAA